UCUUUCACCAUUUGAAUAUUGAAAAGGAAAAGAAAAUGCAGUUUCGAAAACUAUUUAUGUUUAUUUUCACGCUGUUAGUAAUUGCUUGCAAUGUAUCUGAAUCCCAAGACUGUGCCAAUCCACCCAAGAUCAUCAUUGUUGGCCAGUCAAAUUUCGAAACAAUUCAAAGUGCCAUCAACUCUGUCCCUGAAGAAAACUCUCAAUGGAUUCAAGUUAAAAUUUCUCCCGGCGUUUACAAAGAACAGGUGGUAAUUCCGAUGAAGAAACCUUGCAUUUACCUAGAAGGAGCUGGUACUCAAUUCACGACUAUUGAAUGGGAUGACCAUCCGGAUGCUACUUUCUUUUCACAAGCAAAUUAUACUGUUGCAUCUGGCAUUACUUUUACGAAUACAUUCAACAAUCCCAUAUUUGGCGAAAUGGGAAUCACGCAAGCUAUAGCUGCUCGAAUCUAUGCAGAUAAAUGUGCUUUCUAUAAUUGUUCCUUUUUAGGAGUACAAGAUACCUUAUAUGAUCAAUAUGGUCGUCAUUAUUACUAUAAUUGCUAUAUUCAAGGUGGGAUUGAUUUCAUAUUUGGAAAUGGUCAAUCAAUUUUUGAGGCAAGUGAAAUAUAUUUUUCAAUGGGAAAAGAUGGUCCCAUGCAAGUUGUUGGGGCUAUUACAGCACAAGAAAGGGAGUCACCAGACGAUACUAGUGGCUUUGUCUUUAAAAAUUGUAACAUUACAGGGAUAGGAGGAAAAACUCUACUAGGAAGAUCUUUAAGGGCUUAUGCUAGAGUCAUCAUAGCAAACUCAUUCCUAUCAGAUGUAGUAACACCUGAAGGUUGGAAUGCUCGUAACUUUGUUGGCCAUGAAGAAACCAUCACAUUUGUGGAGGAGGGAAAUAGUGGACCUGGAGCAGAUAAAUCCAAACGUGUGCAAUGGAUGAAGCACUUAAGUGGACCCGCACUUGAUGAAUUCCUAAAUAUCUCUUAUAUUGACAAAGAAGGGUGGAUUGAAAAUUUGCCAUCUAAUAUCUUCAUUUAACUGAUGACAUGCAUUUCUUGGUUGUAUAAAUAAUUAAU